UUCUCUUACUCGUUAAUUGAUUGUUCUGGAUCCAAAAAGUUCAUGAUCCAGACCGGACCCCAUCUCCGUCGUCGUACGUUCCUUCCUCCCUGGACAUCUACCUACCUACCUACCUUAGUACCUCCGGAAGUAGCUACCCUUGUCUCAGUAUAUUACAUGUCUGGUUGGCAGUAA